GAAAAUAUGGGUAUUUUUGAUCUCAGUAUUUUCGAUGAAUUCAAGCGAAUGGACAAACGACAGGUUGUUUACCAAUUCUUAAAUUUUGCGAUGAUUGUUAGUUCGGCAUUGAUGAUUUGGAAAGGUCUAAUGGUGAUUACAGGCUCUGAAAGUCCAAUAGUCGUCGUAUUGUCAGGUUCAAUGGAGCCAGCAUUUUUCCGAGGCGAUUUGUUAAUGCUCACAAACGAUGUUGAUGAUCCAAUUCGUGCUGGGGAUAUUACAGUCUUUAAAAUUGAAGGAAGAGACAUUCCAAUUGUUCAUCGAGUUAUUAAAGUACACGAAAAGGAUAAAGACGACACUAAAUUUUUGACUAAAGGAGACAAUAAUAUGGUAGAUGAUCGCGGUCUAUAUGCAUCUGGUCAAUAUUGGUUACAGCGUAAAGACGUUGUUGGACGUGCUAAAGGAUUUGUACCUUAUGUUGGAAUGGUCACAAUAAUUAUGAAUGAUUAUCCAAAAUUGAAAUAUUCUGUUCUGGUGUUGUUGGGACUUUUUGUUCUUUUACAUCGUGAAUAG